AUGCCUUCUAAACUUGUUGAAACUUUCGGAAGUAUGGACAAAGUGUUGCCGUUUCUUUGGAUCGGUGAUCGAUUCUCGGCCGUCGAUAAGAUGGCUCUUGAAAAGUUUGGUAUACGCGAGAUUUUGACGGUUUGCUCAUAUUCGGUACAAGACGAACAACAAUCUCGGAAUAUCAAAUAUCACCACGUCCCACUCGAUGAUUCGCCUUCACAAAAUAUUUUGCUACGCCUAGAAGAGAUGUUGCACAUUUUGCAAGAGUCGAUUCAAGCUGAGAAAAACAUUCUUGUUCAUUGUGAAGCCGGAGUUUCUCGAAGUGCGGCUGUGUGCUGUGCUUAUGUCAUGAAAAGCAAAUCUUUGUCUAUGAAAAAAGGACUGGACCAUGUGAAAUCGGCUCGUUUUUUUAUUUGUCCAAACGAAGGUUUCGUGAAACAGCUUGAAAUCUUCGAGCAACUUUCUUGGAGUGCUGGCUUGGAUACACUUAACAAUUCUCCAAUUUACCGCUCUUGGUUACUCGAAAGCGGAAAUCACCCGAUGACGGAAGAAGAGGCAAAAUCAUCAUUAUUUAUUCAAACACUGAAGUCAGAUUCAAAAGAUCUUGCUCGUUAUCGUUGUAUUGCUUGUCGAACGGAUCUUUUCUACGACUGCCACAUACAACAACAUAUGAAUAGAGCGGAAAAGGUUUGCAGAUUCGGUUUCCUAAUCGACCCAUUGAAUUGGAUGGAGUUGGGCCAAUAUGAAGGAAAAAUUCUUUGUCCUAAAUGUUCAUCAAAACUGGGAAGUUAUUGUUGGGGUGGACGUGUAUGUCAGGGAUUUGACGGCGAAAAAUGUGGAGCCAAGGUUCGACCAUGGUUCUUUAUUGGACGAGAGAAAGUAAGAUUGCCUCUACCGUCUCAACCAUUACCUCUACCGUCUCAACCAUUACCAACACUUCAAAAUCAAACUUCAGAUAUUAAAGCCGAA